AUGCGUCAACUUGCCAAUUCCCAGCUCAUCCCUUCCUUGUUUGUCUUCAUCCAUUGUGUCCAGUUUGUAACAUCUAGUAUUUUAUGGCACACCUCAAAGUCUGUGAUAGGUGCUGAAAAUUACACUUACUUCCAAAUUUCAAAACCAGGAAGUCACAGGAUUGAUGUUGUGUCCCUGACAGGAGAUGCAGAUUUGUAUGUAUCUGACAAAACAACAUAUCCAGACUUUGAAAAUUAUGACUUAAAAUCCACAACAUGUGGUACGGACAGUGUUGAUGUGCCCAGUUCUUUUCAACGACCUUUGUACAUUGGGAUUUAUGGUCACCCAAAUUAUGAAAACUCUACUUUUCAACUGAAUAUUUACCAUAUGAUUUUUGAAGAAGAAAAUAGUUAUGAAUCUUAUGUACAAUAUAAUACCCGAAAUAAAAAUACCUACAGUAAUAAUUAUAAUAAUGAUAAUGAUGAAAAUGAGUCUCCCUGGAUGACCAUAUUAAUUGGCAUUUUGAAAAUUAUUCUGGAUGUUUUAUUUUGA